UUACUGUUAUUUUUUCUUGUUUGUUUCUUGUUUGUUUGAUCUUGAGUAAAUUCUGAUAAACAUUGUAUUUAUUGUUUUGUAAUUUUGUAUAAAAAGUCUUUUUUGAUAGUCUCAUCUGUAAUGGACAGUAACGAUUUUUCAACUGCUGGAACUAGUGAUGGAAACUCAUUUGCUUUCCGUUUUGAUGCUAAUGACCCAUUUGAUAGGAUACCAUCCUUUCAAAGUACACCUCGAUGGACCAAUAAAAUGGAUCAUGAUAUUUCAAAAGUUCGAUCCAGAUCUUUUGGCUCAAAUCACAGUGAUCGAGAAGAAAAAAUGACCUCUUAUGUUGUUGACAUUGUCAAUUUACUGGCUGAACAUGUUUUAUUUCAUCCAUUGGUUGUUAUCAGACGACAAUGUCAGGUUACUCGGGCUUCCUACCGUUACCAUUUAACUCCAUUUUCAGUGAUACCUUUAAUGUACAGAAUCAGAUCCAAUCAAGGUUCUGGAGCCUUGUGGAAAGGACUAACGAGUAACUUAAUUGUUAAGGGAUUGUAUCUAUCGUGUCAGUCAUUUAUUGCUGGUGUGUUAGGUACUGACGAGAAUCUCGUUUGUAGAGGAAUCGCUUUCAUUUUUGCUAGUCCAUUUCUUUGCGCCAAUUCAAUUGAAAUUGUACAGUCCACAAUUGCUAGUGAAACUCCCGGCGUAUUUGAUUGUUUGAAAGAAGGCCUAGCCAGAUUUACUCAUUGGAAUUCUACAGGAACACGACUAUUACCUUUUUGGGUUCUUUGUAUCCCAACAGCUGGUUACUAUAUUCUACACUAUCAAAUAAGUUCAUGUAUGAUCGGGAUAUGUUGUGCUUUAGGCAAAACGAGAACGGAUUCGAAUUCUUACCGAGCUUCAAUUUCAAGAUUGAUAGGAUUAUUUGCUGCUGAUGUUAUAUUAUAUCCUCUUGACACUGUGAUUCAAAGACUUUAUCUACAGGGAACUCGUACAAUAAUUGAUAACAUUGACACAGGCAACACUGUUUUACCUGUUAUAUCUGCAUAUGAAGGAGUGAAAGAAUGUUUUCAGACAAUCGUCAAGGAAGAAACUACAUUGGGUCUAUACAAAGGAUUUGGAGCAUUGGUAUUGCAAUUUUCCCUUCAUUUCUUGUUAUUGAAUUUCACUCGUUCAAUGUGUAAAAAGAUUCUGGGCUAAUUUAACUAGUUGACUUAACCAUACAAUGUACACUAGCUAAAAGUAUUUAAAGCUUAAUUAAUUCAAACUAGAAUUAAGUAUUUCAAAAUGUGAUCGAAGACUGGCAAUGGUUUCAUUAUUUCAUCUAACUUGCAAAACUUGCAUCAAUCAAUUUGUUUGAUUUUCAAAUGCUCACCUUUCAUGUAUAUGCUUAGUCAGGUUUAUUGAAACCAGACUCUAUUCAACGUAUUCAUUAACCUAUUGCUGACAAAUGAUUACAUAUAUUUUAUUUAAGAUGUAAUAAAUUUCGAGAUUUGGAUAUCAA